AUGGUUGAUCGAACAACUGAAACUUUCAGACGAUUAGUGUCUGAACACAGAAAGGUUCGGAAACAAAACUUGGACAAUAUAUUAAAUGUCGUGGGUGACGAAAAAUGGAAAUCGUCGAAGGAGUUUAUGCUGGCAGUAACAACAUUCGUCUACCCAUGCAUCUUCGAUCCAGAUCAAGGAUGUCGCGAAACGACCAUAAAAAUUGUGAAGACUCUGGUAGGCACUGGGACUGGGUGUGUUGAAGAUAUCGCACCAAUUAUUUGUGUUAUACAAAACCGUAUCGCACCAAAAUACCAAUUUAUGAGAGAAAGGAAGGAAAAAGUACUGCAGUUUUUGGUGAAUGCUCAAGAAGUUCAUUUAGAAAUUUUUCAAUGUACAACUCGUAAAACAAUUUUUGGGAUUCUGAUUCACAAGCAUCGCAUACUUGUGCAAUUGCUUGAAUAA